UGUGCUGUGGUGAAAGUUGCAGACAAAAGGGGGAGGGGCUGCUCUGCACACUAUAGAUCCAGCUACUGUUACCCACCCCUAUCUCAACCAAAACACCACACAAGAACUAGCUACACCUUCAAUAAUGGCUGAGAGCAAACCACCAGGUCCCUUAUCUGCCAAGCUGUUUAAAGCCAUCCAGCACGUUGAGACAGGGAGACAGAAGAACCCUAGCACAGUGGAGGGCGGAAGAGAUGGACUCUGCUACGGACCCUAUCAGAUCCGAGAGGAGUACUGGAAGGAUGCGUGUGAGCAAGACCCCACUCUGAUGGAGGGAGGCAAGACAUGGAAGAACUGUCUGGGGGAGGGCAGCUUCCUCUACUCUGAGAAACUCAUGCAGGCGUAUGUGAGUCGCUAUGCUACCAAGGAGAAGUUGCUGCGUAAGCCCACUAACGAGGAUCUGGCCCGAAUCCACAAGGGAGGACCCAACGGUCAUAAAAGUGCACUCUCAGCAAGAUACUGGCUGCUCGUCAGCGAACAACUAAAGUGAACUAUAUAAUUAUCCCCCAUUGCAUUUUUAAACGCAACACAAUUUUUGGGCUAACUUGGACAAUCUAUAUAGAACUUUCAAAUCGAAAUGUGACAGUAACAUAAUUAUAUAGCUGUAGUGUUCUAUCUAUGUGUAAUAAAAUGUCUCUUUCUGAAA